AUGCCGUCCUUUGUGAAAAAGAUUCCAGAUUCAUUCUCUUCAGUGACAGAUUACAUGCAGUCAUUCAUUCCUCCCUUAAUUGAGGAAACACAUUCUGAUUUGUUGUCAAACGUCAAAGGAGUGUCUCGAGCACCUACUUGUAUAAUAUAUUCUGUUGAGAUAUCUAAAGAAUUUAAACUUCACAAAGGCUUGUUUUAUGAAAUUACAAUGUUGCAGACGACUGCAGAUACUGGAAAAGAUGUAGGAAAAUAUGAACCUGAGGUAGGUGAUCUUAUUGCAUUGACAGAUGUUAGACCAAAACGCAUUGAUGAUUUGAACAGGCCCAAAAGAUCCUAUCUUAUUGCUUAUGUUCAUGGGGCAAAAAAUGAAACUUCUGAUAAAAUCCCCAUACUGGCAUCAAAGCCCAUUUCCACUGAACAAGACAUGUACAAGUACAGGAAAGAAACAACUUUUGGGAACAAGAAAGAAACACUUUUUGCAGUUUAUCUUAUGAAUAUGAAUACAAAUGUUCGUAUAUGAAAAGCAUUGAACCCAGAGCCGGAAGGGGGAAACACAAACAUUAUUAAAACAGUACUGCGACCCAAUUCAGCUGAUGAUGAAAAUUGUAUGACUUGCUUUUCUAAUGGAAAAAGCAGCCCUGCCCCUUCUGGUCUACAGGGGAUGAUCAACUCUUAUGAUCUAAAUGACUCUCAAAAAGCUGCGGUUUUAGGCUGCAUUGGUAUGAGAGACUGCAACCAUCAGAAUCCUGUCAAACUGAUAUGGGGUCCUCCAGGGACAGGGAAAACAAAGACCGUUGGUGUGUUAUUACAUGCCCUCCUUAAACUGAAGUGCAGAACAUUAACAUGUGCUCCAACUAACAUUGCAGUUUUGGAAGUUGCGACACGGCUGCUGAGGUUGGCUAAGGAUUCACUAGAGUAUGACACAUACGGGCUUGGAGAUAUAGUUUUAUUUGGAAACGGCGAGCGAAUGAAGAUUGAUCAUCGUGAUGAUCUGGUUGAUGUAUUUCUUGACUAUCGGGUUCAUGUGCUUGGGAAGUGCUUUGCUCCUCUAUCUGGCUGGAGAAAUGGCUUAGAAUCAAUGAUAUCUUUGCUUGAUGACCCUACAUCGCAGUACAAAAUAUACUUGGAAAAAAGAAAGGAAGAAAAAAGGGAGGAGGAAAAAAGAAAGGAAGAAAAAAGGAAGGGGGAAAAAAUAAAGGAGGAAAACAAUAAGGGGAAUGAUGAUCUCAAAAAGGUUGAUGAUGUUCCUUUGACAUUUGAGGAGUUUUCAAAGAAGAGUUUCUGUUCAAUUCAUGAGCAACUGAAGUUUUGUAUGGUUAAUUUGUAUACGCACUUACCAACUUCUCUUCUACCGUUAGAGGUAGUGAAAAAGAUGAGAAGAGCUCUUACUUUGCUUGAAUCUCUAGAAACUUUGUUGUGUGGUGUCAGUGUAGGAAAUGAAGGAUUAAAACAAGUUCUCAAUAAUUUCCAAGACACAGGAAGCAGUGUGGAUUGCCUCCAUAUACUAAGAUAUCUGCAAUUAUCUCUGCCAUCCUCCGUUCCAGACAUAACAGAAAAUUAUUCAAUAAAAAACUUUUGCUUGGGAAAUGCAUGCCUAGUGUUCUGUACUGCAUCAAGCUCUUCUAAAUUACAUGCAGAAGGAAAUAUACCAUUGGAAUUCUUAGUUAUCGAUGAAGCUGCUCAACUUAAAGAAUGUGAAUCAGCUAUUCCUUUACAACUGCCUGGUCUCCGCCAUGCUAUUCUCAUAGGCGAUGAGAGGCAGCUCCCUGCAAUGGUUAAAAGCGAGAUAUCCGACAAGGCUGAAUUUGGAAGAAGUUUGUUCGAAAGACUAGUCAUGUUGAGGCACCAGAAGCACCUUCUUAAUGUCCAGUACAGGAUGCAUCCAUCCAUCAGCUUAUUUCCAAACACAGAGUUCUAUGACAAACAGAUUUCAGAUGCUCCAAAUGUUAAAGAAAGAGAAUACCAGAAGCGUUUCCUUCAGGGCAACAUGUACAGCUCCUACUCUUUUAUAAGUAUUGCUCAUGGAAAGGAGGAAUUUGGUCUGGGGUACAGUCCCAAGAAUAUGGUUGAGGUUGCUGUGGUCUCUGAGAUAGUUGAGAAUCUUUUUAAACAAUUCUGUGACACAAAGAAGAAGGUUAGCAUAGGAGUGAUAUCACCAUAUAAGGCUCAAGUUUCUGCAAUUGAAGAGAGGGUCAGAAAAUACAACAAGUCUAACAGUGGCUUCACUGUGAGUGUUCGCUCUGUUGAUGGGUUCCAAGGAGGUGAGGAUGAUGUAAUAAUCAUCUCUACUGUAAGAUGUAAUGGGAGUGGAUCAGUAGGUUUCCUUUCCAACCGACAAAGAGCAAAUGUGGCACUGACUCGAGCAAGGUAUUGCCUUUGGAUUUUGGGGGAUGGGGGUACUUUACUCAAGAGUGACACUGUUUGGAAGAAACUAGUUAUUGAUGCCAAGGAACGUGGGUGUUUCUAUGAUGCCAAUGAGGACAAGAAUUUGGCUCAGGCAAUUACUGCUGCCUUGGUGGAGCUUGAACAGCUUGAUAUUUUACUCAAUAACGGCUCUCUUCUGUUCAAAGAGGCUAUAUGGAAGGUUUUCUUCAACAAUGAUUUCCACAAAUCUAUAGCAAGGACUAGCAAUGCAGAGAUUUGUAAGGAAGUGAUAUCUCUUUUGGCAAAGCUUUCAAGUGGUUGGCGUCAGACCAAUGAGAAGAGAAACCUCAUUGUCCAUGAUGGGACUUCUUCUCAAGUUUUAGAGAUUUACAAGGUCGAUGAGCAGCUGAAUCUGGUUUGGACUGUUGAUAUUCUCAAGGAGGAUUCACAUCACAUUCAGGUUAUGAAGGUUUGGGAUGUUGUCCAAUUAUCUGACAUACCAAGACUAGCAAAGCAGCUUGACAUCUUAUUUGGAAGCUAUACAGUGGAUAAGAUGCAUCGCUGCAAACACACAUGUGUUGAGGGGAGUUUGGUUGUUCCAAAGAGAUGGCCAAUUGACUCAAGUUGUGGUCCUGAAGCCAAUAGUAUG